GACACUUCCGGUCUCCGAGCAGGACGUUGCUACUUUACUUACCAAGGUGGUUUGAGCCAACUCUGUGUCUUUCGGGUCUUUGCGAAAGUGAACCGGUUGUUAGGGGCGCCUAACGACCUGGGGGUCAAUUAAGAGGACAGUGGCAUGUUUCAGGCAGGAUUCCUCCUUCCUUCAAACUGCAUCACUCAGGAGUCUGCAAAUUCCCCAACAUAGGAGAAAAAAAAUGACCUCAUUCAAGGAGGCAGUGACCUUCAAGGACGUGGCUGUGGUCUUCACUGAGGAGGAGCUGGGGCUGCUCGACCUUGCCCAGAGGAAGCUGUACCGAGAUGUGAUGCUGGAGAACUUCAGGAACCUGCUGUCAGUGGGGCAUCAACCAUUCCACCAAGAUGUUUUCCACUUCCUAAGGGAAGAAAAGUUUUGGAUGAUGGAGACAGCAACCCAAAGAGAAGGGAAUUCAGGGGGCAAGAUCCAAACUGAGUUGGAGUCUGUUCCAGAAGCAGGAACACAUGAGGAGUGGUCCUGCCAGCAAAUCUGGGAACAAACUACAAAUGACUUAACCAGGUCUCAGGACUAUAUCAUAAAUAACUCUCAAUUCUUUGAACAUGGUGAUUUCCCCUCCCAGGUUGAAGCAGAACUGCGCAUAAUUCCCACAGGACAGAAACCUUCCCAGGGUGGGAAGUUUAAACUAUCCUUCAGUGAUGUCUCCGUCUUUGAUCUUCCUCAGCAAUUACACACAGGAGAGAAGUCUCAUACAUGUGAUGAGUGUGGAAGAAGCUUUUGUUACAUCUCAGUUCUUCGUAUUCAUCAGAGAGUCCACACCGGAGAGAAACCAUUCAAAUGUGAGCAGUGUGGGAAAGGUUUCAGUCGUAGAUCAGCACUUAAUGUUCAUCAUAAAUUACACACAGGAGAGAAACCUUACGUUUGUGAGGAAUGUGGAAAGGCCUUCGUUCACGAUUCCAAGCUUAAGGAACAUAAGAGAAUCCAUACUGGGGAGAAGCCAUUCAAAUGUGAUGUAUGUGAUAAGAGCUUCCAUUUUAAGUCAAGACUUAAGAGCCAUUCUAUGGUUCACACAGGAGAAAAACCAUUUAGGUGUGAUACAUGUGAUAAGAGCUUUCAUCAGAGAUCAGCACUUAAUAGGCAUUGCAUGGUCCACACAAGAGAGAAACCGUACAAAUGUGAGCAGUGUGGAAAAGGCUUCAUUGGUAGGCUAGAUUUUUAUAAGCAUCAGGUGGUCCACACAGGAGAGAAACCAUAUAAUUGUAAAGAAUGUGGAAAGAGCUUCAGAUGGUCCUCACGCCUUUUGAACCAUCAGCGAGUUCACAGUGGAGAAAAACCCUUCAAAUGUGAAGAAUGUGGGAAGGAAUUUUAUACAAAUUCACAACUAUCCUCCCAUCAGAGAGCCCACAAUGGAGAAAAGCCAUAUAAAUGUGAGGAGUGUGGGAAGGGCUACAUUAGUAAGUUUAAUCUUGACUUGCACAAGAGGGUCCACACGGGAGAGAGACCUUAUAAUUGUAAGGAAUGUGGGAAGAGCUUUAGCCGGGCCUCAAGUAUUUUGAAUCAUAAGAGACUCCACUGCCGUAAAAAACCAUUCAAAUGUGAGGACUGUGGAAAGAGGCUUGUACACAGGACAUACCGUAAAGACCAACAGAGAGACCACAGUGGGGAAAACCCAUCCAAAUGUGAGGACUGUGGGAAACGCUACAAGAGACGCUUGAAUCUGGAUAUACUUUUAUCGUUAUUUUUAAAUGACACAUGAUUGUUAAUAUUAAUGGGGUACAUUGUGUUAUUUUAAUAUGUGCAUAUAAUUUAUGAUGAAAUCAGUGUAAUUGUUAUAUCUGUCACCUCAUACAUUUACCAUUUCUUUGUUGGAAAAUUCAAAGUCCAUUUGAGAGGAAUUGGUAGACAGCAAAGGAAGGGUCCGAGGAGAGCCCCUGCCGCACGGGUCAGUGCCUCGUCCCCACAUAACAUAAAAAGCAGCCUGGCAAGAAAAUCAGGCUACAGGCACUGGUAAGGGAACCAUCAAAGGGCCUUGUGCCUGGAAACAUGCCCAUGGCUGCACAGAUAGAAGAACCUCUAGCCCACUCAGGUAAAAACUUGCACAAACCUCUGGCUCACUCAGUUAAGGGAACAAGGCCUGGCACAGAAAUGCCUUUUCUCUUUGUAUAAUCAUCAGGCUCCCAGGAAAGUUUCUUCUUUUGUGGGCAUGAAUACAGUGAGCUUGAAUACAGUAGGCUUCAGUAGGUUCCGGUUGGCACCUUCCUUUGUGAAGAAGGAAAAGCCCAGCCUCUGUAAAUCAUUGGUUCAGCUCCUGAUUGGUCUCAGGCCGAGUUGAAUACCCUUAUGAAUCAUCACUUCAGCUCCUGAUUGUAAGAAGAGAAAGAAUCUUACAGACUACGGUAUGAUUGGUCUCGGGCCAGGGUCCAGGACCAAGCUGAAUCAUGCUUUCUCCAAGACAGUCCACAGACUAGGCACAUUCCUUCCCUUUCCCAGUCCAUAAAAACCCCAGACCCUAGCCUCAUAGUGGGCAACUUAUUUGGGUCCCCAUCUCCACUGUGGAGAGCUUUUUUCUUUCAUUUAUUAAACUUUCACUCCA